UUCAGUAUCUCUUUUCAGUCUUGGGGGCUUUUAAAACGGCCACUAGUCUCAAUGUUGGACGUGAUAUGACAGCGUCAGUGAUACUUCAUCCCCGCUGGAUCGACACGGUGAUGUUCGUCUACGACAAUAAUUUGGAUGAAAUUAAUAAAAGCAUGGAUGGAUUUUCAGGAGGGAACUUCACCGCAAACCAAUGCAGGAAUUUGAUGGCCCAUCCAGCAUCCUUAGCCCCCAGUUCUGCCUACUCGUCGAGUGAACUACCAGCCUCUGGCAUUGUCGAACCUGUCAAACAAUGUAGUCCUUGUCCAGCUGCUCAAACUUCCUCCAGUGCUUCUCUUCCUUAUGGAUACUUUGGGAGCAGUUACUAUCCAUGCCGAAUGAGCCACCAUAGCAGCAUUAAGUCCUGUGCGCAGCCCUCCACCUUGUCUGGCUAUCCUGCCGACAAGUAUAUGGACACGUCCGCCGGCGAGGAAUUCACCACCCGAGCUAAGGAGUUUGCUUUCUAUCAAGGCUACGCGGGGCCAUACCAACCCAUGCCCAGCUAUUUGGAUGUACCUGUUGUCCCCACGAUCAGCGCCCCGGGAGAACCGAGACACGAAACAUUAUUACCCAUGGAGAGCUACCAGCCCUGGGCUAUUACCAACGGGUGGAACGGUCAAGUCUGCUGUUCAAAAGAGCAACCUCAACCCACCCACCUCUGGAAGUCGAGUCUGCCAGACGUCGUUUCUCAUCCUUCGGAUGCGAGCUCUUUUCGGCGUGGAAGAAAGAAAAGGGUGCCUUAUACCAAGGUGCAGUUAAAAGAACUUGAACGGGAAUAUGCUACCAAUAAAUUCAUCACCAAGGACAAGCGAAGGAGGAUAUCGGCAUCAACAAAUCUCUCAGAAAGACAAGUCACUAUUUGGUUUCAAAACAGACGAGUCAAAGAAAAGAAAGUCCUCACCAAACUGAAAAGUAACAGCUAGUGCGACAAUUCCAGAACACUCGGACUUACUUUGCAAAUGUUUAGAACAUAUUUAAUCUCAGCCUGGAGAAAAAAUAAUCCAUCUCAGCUCAUUCUUUUGAUGCUAGAUUUUUUUACAUUUCUGCCUGCACGUUAUUUUUUUUUUAAAACAAUCCCAAACAACUCACAAAUAAUAUUUCAAGAGAGAUAUGGUGCAACUGACUUGUUUAAGUCGUUUAAUCGUUUAAGAUUCGCCAGAAAUAAAUCAACCCCAUUAUUGAAAAAUCUAGAGGGUUGCUAUUUUCGAGGCAAAAACAUUGUCGAGUGCAUAUAGACAGAAACACUCAAAAAGAAUAAUCAUAAAACUUUGAUUCAUACUGUUCCUUCGCAUGAAUGCUAUCAAAGCACCUAAAGAAAACUUGCUGAAAGGGGUUUAGUUAAUAAAAACGCUACUAGAGUGCAUGCUAUUUUUGUUUCCUCAGGUAAGCUAUGGGAUAUAUCGUGAAAUGUAUAAUAAGAAUGUUUACGCACUAAGGUUUCUUUGGAAGGGAUACGCUAUCUCUAAAGAUAUUAAUGUACAGGUAGAAGGGAGAAUAUAUUCUAAAUAGCAGUGUAAAUGGGAACGUGAAUGCGUACAAUUUCAGCACUACGUUCGUCUUAUGUACAUACCUAGGAGCAUCCUUGCCUUUCGUAAUUAAAAUGCAGUUUCUACAGAGUGGAAAAAAUAUCUAAUUGCAAACGUGGAAGACCCAAUUCCGUGAAAAUGAACUCAAUAUGAAGCCUUUUUUUUUGCUUGCUACUUAUAUUACACAUCACACAUUACAUUAAUCUCCAUGCAGUCUUAAGACAUACAGCCUCCUUCCUAAAGAUGACAGCAUUUGCGUGCAAUUGUAUUUUUUUAAAAUACCGCAUUGUUAUACCUGCAUGCCCCCCUCUUGCUUGGUAUAUAUAACCAAUUAUAGUUGCAAGGUUAAAUCAAGAAUGAUAAUCAAAGAUUUAAGAAAUGUCUUGCAUUGCUAUUAUGCAGCUUUUAAUCUGUAUAGCCUAUUGUCUUUUUUUUAAUCAUCUUCUGAAUUAUUUGCAUUAAAACAAAUUAUUUCACGAAUAAAAGUCUUCAUAAACUACAGCGUCGCAUAUUUUUUAUGAAGAAACAUGAGACCGGCUAAGAACUUCAAAACAAAAAAAAAGUUUUUUUUAAAUGGGCUAAUUAGAUUUCUUCCUGUUGUGUGGCAAGUUAUUCAAGAUGUGUGAAAACAGAGCUUUCAUUCUAAGAAACAACCAAGGAACUUACAAAAAAAAUAAGAAGUCUUAGCAAGUAUGUGCUGCCUUUCUUCAAGGAAAACAUCACCGCCAGAUAAAGAUUCGGGAUGUUGAUGGAAAUAUUUUAGGUUAUAUCUAAGCAUGUAUUAAAAUACUGAAUGUUUUAGUGUAGUAAACUAAACGCGUUGAAAUAUUCAGAAUACAAAUACAUUUUCUGCCAUUACUUGGCUCUGGUUGCAGAGCGAUGGGGGUGGGGAGGUUUAAACCUUGACCUUGACGAAAACAGAUAGUCUUUGACCUUGACGAUUAACAGCUCAUGAAUAGUCAUGAGGUGUAUAUGUAGAACAAGUACGCCAUCUACUGUUACAUCUGCGGAGAAUCAUUUAUAAGGGCUUUGAACACACAACCAACCGAACGUGGGUGUUUCAAUAAUGAGCAUGUAAAGUUGAACAAGGACUACCAAACAUAGGUCAGUAACUGUACCGAGUAUUAUGUAUUGUCGAAAUUGUGGAAAGGUUCGGCUAAAUUAUUUUAAAUGUUUGAAUUUCAAUGACUAAUCAUGAAUUAAGUAUUGCUCAGCCAAGCUUUAGUAAUUUACUAACAUCACCAAAGCUUAAAUUUACAAUGCAAAUGAAUAUUGAUAUAUGGCUACAAUUUUGUAAAUUAACUUUUAGCUGCAUCUAAAUUUCAACCUGUGCAACCAAAAAAAAAGAGUAGAUAGGCUGAUCAAAUAAGCUGUAAGAUUGUAGCAUUCAUGAACCGUAUAAAAGGCAUUUAGUCAACUUUAUGUUAUCUAUGAUCAGCCGAUCUCUUAUGUGUUUGUUAUGAUGUAACCAUCAUUUCACUUUUGUCUACAGCUGUAUGUAACUGCUCUGGAUAUAAUGGUUAUUCACUUAUAUUCGGUACACUGUAUCUGGUCAUAUAUUUGCGAAAUUUCGCCUCUAUUCUUGCAAAACUAAAAUGAUUACCGAGCUGUUCUACACAAUAUUUGAGUAAGGAAUUUUAUGCUGCAUUUUUUAGAAUUUUAAAGCAUAUAGUCUACAUACGUUAUAAAUAGGAAGCACAGGAAAUUGUGUGUGGCAUUGCAUAAUCCAUCUUUCGCUGGGCUGUGGACGUGUAAAGCUAAAACUUGAUCUGCACUAAAAAUAUUAAUUUCCUCAUUUUUUCAUUUCAAAAUAUAGAAUUACAGAUAAAUUCCACAGUCAUGCAGAGUACUCUGAUUUAUCUUGGAUAUUACAGAGAGUGGUCUCUUGGAAGUGGUCUACCUUGAAAUUAUUAUUUGAGAGGUAAGCAAAUUUAUUGAAGUCUCCGAUCUAUUUUGUUGCAUUUACAUCUAAAUAAUGUUGCACUUCUAAUAGUGAACCUUAAACCAUACUUUAUUUUUCUAGUGCCUUUUUCCUAAUGCACACGAAUCAACAACUCGGGGGCUGCUGCUUGCAACAUGCAAGCUGAUUUGUCAAAAUGUCGUGGGAUUAUAAAAUACUACAUUCAUCACAUGACGCAGCGAACCAAUCACGACAUCCUAUUGCAACAUUCAUCCGUGCGCUGGUUGGGAAAUACUCGAGGAGAACCACCCACAUUGUGUCUGAUCAAGGCUGGUCUAAUUAUUAGAUUAUACUUUUCUACUGCAUCUUGUGUAAAAAAAGGCGAUUUUUUUCGUUUACGAGGAAAUGAGAACCAAACACUGUGUUAUUAGCUAACAGUAAUCAUUGAUGCAGACAAAGCAGGUAUAACCAACAGUUAUCAGUUUCUCCAAAUAUAUACAUUCUGGGCAAAUUUUUACUUCGGUUUAUUAUCCGUUUUGCUUCAGUCUUAAGUAUCUCAAAUGCAAGAACAAUGGUGCUUCGUACCCUUCAAACAAUCAGAUUUAUCUCGUCAGACUAUCAGAUUUGGGACUCGCCAUUUCUUGUUAUUUAUAGCACAAUAUAUAGUCAAGCAAAAUUUGCCAUACAGUCAACGUUAACAUCAUCAUAACCAAACAUAAAACAAUGCUACAACAUAGAAUUGGCUUUCCAUAAUGUUCAUUUAGCUUCGGCUCUUCCGCUCUUCUGUUGGUGCAUAUGAUUCGCCGUGAACCUCACAUAUUUUGCGUAAAUUAUCGUAACCUAAUGUACUUCUAGUGGAUUCAGCGCAGCCCCGAGCGAAUAAAAUAAUUUAUUGGGAAAAGAUAAUGCAUUCCCCCCCUAAAAUUGCCUUAAGGAAUAACGCCAGCAACCUUGGGUUAGUUCUUAGGGAUAAUUUCGCAUGCGUUACUGCAGACUGUCAGUAAAAAUAUAUUAUGAUAAUUUAAUGCACGAAGCUGAACGCCAAGAAUCAUGUUUAAAGACAUUUAUACGCGGCAUAAUCUACAAUUGUAACAGAGC